UUUUUACAUGAAGUAACGCCAACGAUAAACUUUACUUUGACUCUAAACACAUAAAUUCAAAUCACAAGUGAACUAUUCAUUCUGCUGACUUGAAAUGUUAUUAUUCUAAACCUUAACUGUUGACUUACAGAUGCGAAGUGGUAUGAUCAAUUGCCUUUUACAAAUUCUGUUUUUAUAUGCAUAUUUUUGCCAAUACAUCAAGUUGAUAGAAGCGAAGUUUAUAACCCCUGGAAACAACACAGUGUCAUCCAUUCUUGACAUCUUCACUACCUUCAAACAUCACCAUAAACUUCAAUUGAGUUGUCGUGUUUCAUGGAACUUAACGGUGAAUAUCAGUUGGUACAGGGGGAGAGAAUCCUUCAGUGUGAAGUCACAUCGUGUUGGUAAUGUUACAUGGGGGAAUAUCUCAGUGGAAAAUUAUCUUUAUGGCGAUGUUUACAUGUGUGUUGUUGAAACCACUGAAGGUUUUUUGAAUAAAUCUUAUGUACUUUCUUGCUUCGAUGAAUUGGAAUGUUUACAAUGGCAUAAUAUUGGACAGCAAUUGAUAACUGUUGAUAAUGGUGGAUCAUUCACCAUCAAAUGUGAACUCCACAGUGGUAGUACACUUCACAAUAAAGCAAUUCUUGAAAACUGUUAUGAAUAUGGUGUUGUACAUGGAAAUCAAACCAUUGUUGAAAUCCAAAGUCACCAAAGUUUUAAUCACAGGGCCGAUAGAGUCAUUUUUAAACACCCCGUUAUAAAUGCUGGUUUUAAAGAUGCAGGUCUCUACUCCUGUUUUUAUCGAAGGAAAAAUUUUUCUGCCAUUCAUAAAUGUGGACAUUCACCUCAGUUUAAUGUGACCCUGAAAAGUAGACUUGUAUCAGACGCGUCAAGACGUCUCGGGAUGGCUCUUGCCUUGGCUGUAGGAAGUGUUUUUGCUGGAGUGUCAGUCGUUGUUUUCGUCUUUUGUUUGCGCAAAAGGAAGUUGAAAAGGAGGUAUCUUAAUGAAAGCGAUGUUGAGCUGCGUUGGGAUGUGUUUGUGUCCUACAACAGCAAAGAUUUUGCAUGGGUCAAAGAACUAUGUAAACUUCUAGAAAAUGCCCCGUUUAACUUAACAGUUUGUUUGCAUCAACGAGAUUGGGAAGUCGGUCGAACAGUCGUUGACAACAUGGCGGAAAGCGUUUAUUUCAGCCGGAAAACUCUUCUUGUUGUAUCAAAGGACUACCUGCUGAGUCCUUUUUGCUUGCAAGAGUUAAACAUCGCUUUGGAAUUCGAAAAACGGAAGGCUUUGAAAGAUCGAAUCAUCUUAAUCAAAUUAGACAAUGCUUCCUUGAAAAGAUUGCCAAAAUCCUUGCAGAAGAAGUCAUAUUUGGAUUUCUCUGACGAACAGCAGAGGAAGUAUUUUAAAGAAAAAUUACUACAAGCGUUGCGCGUGCAAGACCGAGCGAAGGAAGAUGUAAAUGCGGCUUGUGAUUUUUUUGACGAGACUCAGACAGAAGAGUCUAUUGCUCAUUCUCUUAUUGUGACCGGCGCAGAGUCUUUGGAGACGGGAGAUGAGUUAAUGGAAGAGUUGUCAUUAAAUGUUUUUCCGAGCGAUAAACAGGCUUUGACAGUUUAGAUGUGAGAACUGGAAUAACGAAUAGAAUUUUAUGGUCCUCGCAAAACAGAGUCUAUAUAUUCCUAUUUUAGAAAAAAUAUAAGAAAAACUUAAUCAUAAGAUAAAUUAAAGAAAAUAUCAUAAAAUCCAUUCACUUGGAAUGAUGGUUUAGAGCUUUUAGUAAAAAUGUUAGUUACUCA